UAAUCCAAACGUGAGAUCUGAGACCCAUGUUUCACCGGAGCAAAGAGGGCUUACUCUGUAGCUCUUUUAAGCAUCCACCAGUUUUCUCGAUCGCAUCCAUCCUGCGCCUUCCCCCUGGCUGCACAAUCAAGUUAGAGACCCCGGGGCGAGAGAAGAUUAACCACAUUGUGUCUGGCAAACAGGGGAAAGUUAUUGAGCAAUACCAUUGAUGUUGUGGACUUUUAGAUGUAUAUUGACAAUAGAACACCACUGCUGCUACUUGACAAAUUCCGUUAACUCUCCAGCGUCACCUUGAUAAUGACUGUUGCUUUGCUAUGAGGAUAAACAAGUGCAAAUGCUG